AUGACUUACUACGUGUUUCGGAUAUGUCUGACUUUCUUUCUCCUCUAUGCGAUCGUCGAUUUCUCAUCGGCAAAAAAGGUGAGAAACGAACGAGAUCUAGAAGUAGCUGCUAGCCAUCACGGUCAUAAACACGAGUCUGGUGGUGGCCAUGAGCAUCAUGGACAUCAUCACGAGGAACACGGAGAGAAAGGAGAUAAGGGUUACAAGGGUUCACAUCAUCACGAUAAAGGUGAACAUGGUCAUUAUGGUAAGGAACAUCACGAAGGACAUCAUGGUGAACAUGGUGGACAUAAGAAGGGACACCACGAAGAAGACGAGCAUCAUGGUAGUCAUCACGAGCACGAGCAUGGACACAAGGGUGCCAAAUUCGGUCAUUCAAAGGGUCACAAGAAAGGAGAGAAAACCCAUGGGUAUCAUCAUAAAGCCCAUAAAGAUGAAUUCCACAAGGAACAUAAGUUCUAUGAUGAUUAUCACAAAGGCGGACAUCAUGAGAAACAUGGAUCCCACCAUGGACAUCACGGAAGCAAAGAAGGGCAUCAUAAGAAAGGUGGAAGUCACCACUCCGGUCAUCACGAGGAUCAUCAUGGAAAGAAGGGACACCACGACAAAGGACACUUUGAUGAAGAUCAUAAGGGUCAUCAUGGAAAGCAUGGUCACGAAGAACAUUAUCAUCAUCACGAAGAUUAUGGGAAGAAGGGCGACCAUCAUGGAGGAAAGUCUCACGGAUUCUCAAGUGGCGGUGGGGGCGGCGGUGGCGGCGGCGGCGGUGGUCAUGGCGGUGGUGGUCACGGCGGUUAUCACCACUAA